AUGAAGGGAAAAGUAGGAGAGCCGGAGUGGCCGGUGAUAGGAGUCGAUCUCGGUACAACAUACUCAUGUGUUGCAGUUUGGCGUGAUAAUCGUGUCGAAGUCAUAACAAACGAUCAGGGUAACCGUACAACACCGUCUUGGGUUGCUUUCAAUGACUCCAAACGCCUUAUUGGUGAAGCUGCCAACAACCAAUUCUUUAUCAACGCUACCAAUACUAUCUUCGAUACAAAAAGGCUUAUUGGUAGAAGAUUCAGUGACGAAACUGUACAAAAUGACAUGAAGUUAUGGCCAUUUAAGGUUAUAGCUAGUACUGCUUCAGAUAAGCCGAUGAUUGUGGUGACUUACAAGAAUGAAGAGAAGAGAUUUACUCCUGAGGAAGUGUCUUCAAUGGUUCUGACGAAGAUGAAGGAUAUUGCUGAGGUUUUCCUGGGCAUUUCAGUGAAAAAUGCUGUUGUCACAGUUCCUGCAUACUUCAAUGAUUCCCAACGUCAGGCAACUAAAGAUGCAGGAACCAUUGCAGGGCUCAAUGUGGUUCGUAUCAUCAACGAGCCAACAGCUGCUGCCAUGGCUUAUGGGCUUGACACAAAAGCUACUAGAAGCAAUGCUGCUUCGAAAAAUGUUCUAAUUUUUGACUUGGGUGGUGGGACAUUUGAUGUUUCCUUGGUGACCAUUGUAAAGGGUGAAUUUAAAGUCAGGGCUAUAAAUGGAGAUACUCACCUUGGCGGUGUGGAUUUUGACAACCGGCUAAUAAAUAGUCUCAUACAGGAGUUUAAGAGGAAGCACAAAAAAGAUAUCAGUAAGAAUGUUAAGGCUAUUGGAAGAUUGAGGGCAGCUACAGAGAGAGCCAAAAGAACACUUUCAUCGGUUGCUCAAACUAGUAUUGUAAUAGACUGCCUUUUUGAAGGAAUUGAUUUUACAUCAACCUUAAGUCGUGCACGUUUUGAGAAGCUGAACUUGGAUUUGUUUAAGAAAUGUGUGGACAUUGUCGAAAAGUGCUUACAUGAUGCCAAGAUGGAAAAGCAUGAAGUUGAUGAUAUUGUCCUUGUAGGAGGUUCUACCAGAAUUCCGAAAGUUGAGCAAUUGUUGCAAGGCUUCUUCGAUGGGAAGAAAUUAAAUAAAGGUAUUAAUCCAGACGAGGCUGUUGCCUAUGGUGCUGCUAUCCAUGCUGCCAAUUUGAGUGGUGUCAUUAGUAGCAACAACGAUUUGGUUCUUGUGGACGUUACACCUUUAUCGCUUGGUCUUGAGAAUAUUGAUGAUAGCAUGUCUGUUGUGAUCCCGAGGAAUACACCCGUUCCAGUAAACAUUACCGUAGGGCGUGAAACUAUAUUUGAUAAUCAGACCAAUGUGAUUUUUCGUGUGUUUGAGGGUGAAAGACUCAUCGCAAAAGAAAAUAAUUUUUUAGGCGAGUUUAGCAUUAAUGGAUUCCCUCCGAAACCAAAAACAGAGACCAAAUUUGAUGUCACAUUUAAUGUUGACGUUAAUGGCAUUCUUAACUUGUAUGCGAGGGAAAAAGAGACUGGAAUGAGCAACCGCCUCACCAUUCUCAAUAACAAAGGGCGGCUUUCAAGCAUUGAGAUAGAGACGAUGUUAAAAGAGGCUGAAAAAUACAAGGCGCAAGAUGAAGAGCAUAAGAAGGCAGUGCAAGCUAAGAAUGCACUAGAGAGCUACAUGAACAAUGUGUGGGAUGCGUUAGACAAUGAUGUGAAGAUCGAAAAUCGGUCCGAGGAGGAGGAAAAGAUCAUGAAGAAAGCCCUUGAGGAGACGUCACAAUGGCUGGAAUGUAGUCCUGUUCAUGCUAAGGCUUCCGAAUAUGAGCAAAAACUAAAGGAGCUGGAGAGCAUUUGCAUGACAGUUGGUAAUUAAAGCUUGGACACAACAGCAAAUUAAAACGAGAACUCAUAGUGAGAAAC